AUGGAAGCCGUCUACGCCCUCCAAUUCGAAUCCCACGAGGAUGCCAUCGCCGCCUGCCACGCUGCUGCCCGGGCGGAAGGGUUUGCCUUAGCCGUGCGUACGAAGAAGCCCUCUGCCGCCAAUCCACAAUGGAUUCUCUUGAGAUGCUCAAAGGGCCGCCACUGGCAGGAUCAAGGCGAUGAGGGCGCCCACGAAUCCAAGCGCCGCCGCAAGACCAGCACUCAAAAGACCAACUGCGAGUUCCGCGUCAUCGUGAGGAAGGCCAAUGGGGAAGCCCAUAACCACGAAUUUACUCCUGCUAUCACACAUAGCAGGUAUCGUGCCGAGGUUAUCCAGAGGCACCACGAGCAUAUCACCCACCUAUACAACUGCGGCCUACGGCCUUUCCUCAUCGCCUCGCACCUCCGUGGCCUCUCUCACGAAGAUCCCGAUCUCGCUGGCAUCACUGGGCAACACGUGAGGAACGCAAUUGCCUCGUACCGCCUCCAAGAGCUCACCGGCCGCACGCCAAUUCAAUUCCUCUACGAUCAACUCAAUACCUCCGACUUCUUCUUUCGGGAUACACGUGACCAAGAGGGCCGGCUGACCGGCCUCUUUAUCUCACCGCGUAGCGGCAUUGAGCUGUGGCGGCAGUACGCGAAUAUCCUCCUUUUGGACUGCACGUACAAGACCAACCGCUUCAACAUGCCUCUCCUCAACGUGUGCGGCUCUACAGCAGAGAGGAAGACCUUCUCCGUGGCCUCUAUUUUCCUCAACGGCGAGGCAGAACCGCAAUACCGCUGGGCGUUGCAGUGCCUGCUCGAGCUAGCAGCAGAGGAAGGAAUCCCGAUGCCGCGGGUCAUCGUCACAGACCGUGACCUUGCCCUCAUGAAUGCCCUCGUUAGCUGCCCAGAACUCGAGCACGUUAUUCACUUACUCUGCCGCUGGCACGUCAACAAGAACGUUCUUACGAAGUCUACAAUCAGCGACUACGGGAAUUUACUGCUGCGGGCCGUCACCCACAGGCAGCAGUGGAUUAUGCGGACAUACGACGACCUCUAUCGUGGAGGGCCUGCAUUCUACAAUGAAGCGGUUCCUUUGGUCCUCAACGGGUGA